CUCUAUGCGUGGCCAUAGACGUACCUCUGUUCGACCUCACCGUCUUCCAAGCGUUGGUGGCGGUGACUCUGGGGUGUGUGGUCAGUCUAGUAGCCGUGAGGGCUCUCGGAGACACAGACUUGAACCCCGUGUCGGGCAUUGGGAAGGUGUCCCAGGUGGUCUUCGGGGUGCUCAACAGCGACAAUCUGGUGGCCAAUAUCGUCGGCGGGGGUGUGGCCGAGAGCGGUGCCCAACAGGCGGGGGAUGUGAUGCAGGCGUACAAGACAGCGUAUCUGCUGUCAAGCUCACCAAAAGCCAACUUCAUGGCAUCGAUCAUAGGCACGAUUGUGUCCAUCCCAAUGGCUGUGAUCUCGUAUGACCUGUACCGAGACGCGUACAAUAUCCCUAUUGAUACGAAGCCGCCUGCCGCCGAGAUCUGGGCCAGUAUGGCGCGGUUGAUGCGGGAUGGCGUGUCUGGCCUCGCCCCGCACAUCGGCGCAUUCCUAUUGGUGUUCGCGCUUUUUGGCGCCACAAUCCCGAUUCUUCACGAGUUUGGUAGCCCAAGCGUAAACAGGUUUCUGCCCAGUGCCACGGCUUUUGCAAUCGGAAUGUAA